GAUUGGGGCCACCGAUUUUCAAAGCCCAAAAAAAUUCAUCCCUUAACUUUUCCCUUUCUUCAAAGGUUUUUUAUACCCUACAAAUAAUUCUUCAAAAUUUCCCUUCACAUUUGUAUUGCUUCUCAAUUUGUUCUUUGUGAGAAAACGAAAAUGGCAACUUUCAGCGAAGCACCAGCCGGAAACAAAGAUGCAGGAGCUAAGAUCUUCAAAACCAAGUGUGCUCAAUGUCAUACUGUUGAACAAGGCGCUGGUCACAAACAAGGUCCCAAUCUAAAUGGUCUUUUUGGAAGGCAAUCUGGUACGACCGGUGGUUACUCUUACUCUGCUGGUAACAAGAACAAGGCUGUUGUCUGGAAUGAAGACACACUAUAUGAAUACCUAUUGAACCCCAAGAAGUAUAUUCCCGGUACUAAGAUGGUGUUCCCUGGUUUGAAGAAGCCACAAGAACGUGCAGACCUUAUCGCAUAUUUGAAGGAAGCUACUCAGUAAUUGCAAAAAACACUUACCAUCUUUCGUGUAGGAGAGAUCAAAGGAGGAUUUUGAUCGGAAAAUGAGAUUUUUGUUUCAUUAGCGCGACCAAUUAGAAUUCGUUUUUGUCAAAUAAAGUUUUUGUCGUGAUAGGGAAAAUUUCCCUCGAUUCUUAUAUCAUGCUGCUACAGCUUGGUUUAUCAACAAUUGUUUACAGACGACUGAUAGACUUGGCUUACUUCUUGAAAGAAGGAAACUAAUAUUCUCUUUUUCGUAUUA